UUAGUUAACACUUCGGACGGCGCCAAAAUUUGUCUGCAAAAUAUUGAAGACAGCAGAAAUAACCUCAACUUCUUGGACAACAAAAACGCUUGAUCCCAUCAUAAUGCAACUACUCUGCUAAUUUCUAAUUAUAACAGCAUGAUAAACAAUUCAUUCAACUCUUCCAACACGACACUCGAUUCUUCAGAUGAUAUAGAAUCUGUGAACACUGAGACAGGUAGCACAGCAGAUGACACGUCUCGUUGCACGGACAGCACAGCAAAACAAGGAAGCCUUCGAAGGAAGCGACCAAAGAAAGAUAGGGAACCAAAAUCUAAACUGCAAUUCACAUGCACCAAUUAUUUGAUGGAAGGACAUGGUCAGCCAAUAUUUGGAGUGCAGUUCAACGAGAUCUACAGAGAUGAGUGGCCACCGUUGUUUGCUUCUGUUGGGAGCAACCAGAUCUCAAUCUAUGAAUGCAGUCGAACCAGUCCCGAAGUCACCCUUCUCUCCACACAUGUUGAUACGGACAGUGAGGAAAACUUUUUUACAUGUGCCUGGAGCAUUGACGAUGAGCUGGGAGUGCCCAUUUUGGCAGCAGCUGGUUCCAGAGGAAUCAUCCGAAUCCUCAGUCCUUGCACCCACCGACCUGUCAAGAACUACAUUGGCCAUGGAAUGUCAGUCAACGAGUUGAGGUUUUCAACGAAGGAUUCAAACAUACUGCUGUCUAUAAGUAAAGAUCACACAUUAAGGCUGUGGAACAUCAAGACAGACCUCUGCAUUGCCAUAUUCGGUGGAGUCGAAGGCCAUCGAGAUGAGCUGCUCAGUGGUGAUAUAGAUUUUGAUGGUCAGCUGUUGAUAUCGUGUGGCAUGGAUCAUUCAUUCAAAAUAUGGAAACUUGAUAAUCCUUAUAUUGUAGAUGCAAUUGAGAAGUCUUAUAAAUAUGAUAAGAAGAAUAAAAAUGAUAAACCAUUCAAAACUUACAGCCAGCACUUUCCAGACUUCUCGACUCGUGACAUCCACAACAAUUACGUCGACUGUGUCAGGUGGUGGGGAAAGUUUGUCCUCUCAAAGUCAUGUGAUAACAAGAUCGUGUGCUGGAAGCCCAACCGCCUGUCAACCUUUGACACGAGAUUCAUCAAAACGUCAGACGGUCACGUUACAUCGGUUCUUCACAAGUUUGACUUCAGUGCCUGUGAAAUCUGGUUCAUGAGGUUUUCUCUGGAUUAUGAUCAGAAGAUUUUAGCUGUCGGCAGUCAGACUGGUAAGAUAUUUGUAUGGGAUCUAGAUGUUGAAGACAUCAGCGAUGCAAGGCAGCUGAUCCUGACGCACCCGAAAUGUAACACACCAGUUAGGCAGUUGGGGAUCAGUAGGGAUGGGACGAUAAUCAUUGCUGUGUGUGACGAUGGGACGUUGUGGAGAUGGGAUAGAACUCCGGCCUGAAUGAACUGUUUUUUUAAUAAAUUGUUUCAUUAUUUAGUGUUGUGAUUGUUUUGUUUAUAUGUGUAAAUAAUUUUAUUUGAAUCUUUCGUUAUUUAUUCGUAUUAGUUUUUUUUAUGUUCAAAAGUCGCAAAUACAAUAAUUGGAAUGCCGUU